AUGGGAUUCCCCUUCAACUGUCCGUGCCUGUGCUGGCCAUCCCCGAGAACUCAAGAGCAGCAACAGCAGGAACAACGGCCCAUUCACCCACACUCUGAAGCCGAUGCUGAUGAGCGUACCCCACUAAUUGCCAAUCCACCUCAAGUGACUCCUUCACCAUCUUUACCUGUUAUUGAUACCGCUCAACAACAAGCUGACGAAGCGGCAGCAAAUAAGAUUGUCUCUCAAACAGUCAGAUGUCUCGUCGACGUCUAUUCUCAGGCACCCUUUUCGCAUUUGAAAAUCCGAGGAGCAAUCACCACACCUGAUCUGAGUUCAGACCUUCCUCAUACACCCGACGGCGCAUCAUCCGCCUGGCGAGCCUAUGACCCGCCCCGUUGUCCCCCGGUUUCCUCAGAAGCUUCCAAAUAUCAGCUAUCAAUCCCGAACAACUUUCAAUCUACCUCUACCCAACACAGUCACCAAACGGCAGCUCAAAAGCGCAGCUUCCACAGUCUCAAAACAAUCAUCAACCAUCAGGAUCGAUCCCAUCCCGAUGAACAUGAUACCCGGCUUUCGGCAUCCCUCAUCGAAUCACAGCAAGACCCACCCCCUCGUCUCUCCUCCUCAUCCACCCUACCCGGAUCCGCACGGACCUCCACCCAGUCGGAAAACCAACGUCAUUCACGGGAUAACAGCUUUGCCCCGACCUCUUGCAGUACCCAAUUCGAUACCAUUCGGACCUUUCAGACCGCCAGAGAUGAUCACAACCUGCCCAACGAUGAUACCGAUGACCCUGAAGACUCAACCUUGAACCCUGAAGACGCAACUUUGACAGCUUCAAAUUUCUCUAUCAGUAACCUCAAUGGGGACCAUCGUCAAGCUUCUCACCUUACCUCUAAACCUGACUUCGUCUCCCGUCUCUGGGACCAACCUGAACCUCAGCAAGCUGCUAGUGAAUCAGAACAAUCUCCACAAACUCCCUCAGAUCAAACUAGUUGCCAAAGCGAGCAGACAGACCAUCUUACUGACGAUCCGAAAAAGCUUGCAGCAAUGAUCGCCAAUGGCUUUCGACUGACAGAUACCGGCCCCAUCUUAGUAGAACUUUAA